AUGGCAUUGGACGAAAGACUGUUAGACGCUUCCAGUGCCACAUCUACUGAUCCAAUUCACAUGAAGGACCAGACACCUCAUCGGUGUGAAAAUAUCGCAAGGUCUGGCGAUUCAUUACAAGACAGGAUCUUUCACGGCAUCAAAAGUCAGUUUCUUCCAAAGAAGAAAGCACCCCCUACGAUAGGGACAAUGGCUGUCCGGCUCUCGAAUCCGCUUCUCAACCUUGAUCAGACCCAAAGAAUGCGAGAAUUUGCCCAAAAAGCCACCGCUAUGAUCUCUGACACCGCCUCUUAUUCUGAUAAAGUUCUGGCUUGGAAAGGCAUCUUGCAAGAAGGUAUGAGUCUCUGGGAAACAAAACAAAAGGAUGUAGAUGGAUGGAGAGUUUUAGGAUUCCUUGAAAAAUUGUGUAGUUUAGCUCCUGCAAACAUGGAAGUUGUACAAGUUUUGAUUGGAAAGUUUCCAGAUGAACUGAAGUUGAAACUGAAAGCGGUUGAGGAGUACCCUGAGUACUUUGCAGAUCGUCUUUACCGGGCAUACACUAACAAGAAGAAAGAAAUUCCUUCUGACCUCACGGAGUGUUGGGCCAGGGCUACAUUGAUUGGUAGUUAUCAGAGACGUAUCAAGGCAGAAGCACCUGAAAAACUAGGAACAACAAGGAUUGAUAAAAUCAUCAAAGAAUACUUGAUGGCAGCAAAACUUCCUCAAGUCAAGGAAGAUAUGGAAAAAAUGAUAGGAUUGAGUGUAAAUUUUCCUGUUGACUAUGGACAAGGUCUAGAUAGAUACACAAGAGUCAGUCAGAGUGCAGCCAUCUUUUUCCCGUUUUACGCUUGUGGUCACUUCAAAGAUCAGAGCAUCUAUUUAAGAACCUUUGAAACUUACAUUCAUUGUUUCCAAAUCUUGGUGUUGUAG